UUCACAAUAAGCAUUGUACUGGUGUGCAGCAGACAAAAAGUUGCAAGUUUCUCUUUGUCAUCGUUUCAGUAGCUUUAAGUGAUAGGGGAGGACUUUUGUGUAGCAGUUUAAGCUGUUUUCCGGAGCAAAUUCCUGGCUGCCGAGCUUAAACUGCCACUAGCGCGGAGAAGUUAUUGUUCGCCGCUCCGUGGGGUUUAAAUUUCAGCUAACAGGAGAGUCACAGGCCACAGCAGGUAGUUAGCUCCGUGUCUUUAACCUUUAGUUUGGUCGCAAUGGCAGCUGUGUGCCAGCCACGACGCGCCUUGGUGGAAAUACCUGCUCCACAGCCCAAAAUUGCAGCUCGAAUAAGGAGGUCCUACUUGGAAAUAUUAAGUCCACGCAUGGCCCCGUCUCCACUCCCCAGAGGGAGAAAUACAGCUGCAAACACAAAGCGCAUGCAGUCAUUGGACCUGUCAGUUGGUGGGACGUGGGCAGGAAGGAUAGAGGAGCAGUGCGAGAAGAUGGACGAGCAGGACACCCCGCUGUCCAAACAGCAGCUCGUGCAGCUAAUCCGAUCCCUCAUCUUGGUCGAACAGAGCCAAGAGCCCAGGAUCAUGGCAUCAGACCUGAAGUAUCUACAGGAUGACCUGCAACUAAAGAAGACCAAUGUUUACAGAUCCAUACCUUACUCACGGUUUGGAUCCAACAGGGACGCUCACUGCUACAGAAAGGCAUACCCCCACCUGGUGGCCUUCAAAGUUUCGUGUCAGGAGUGGGGCCAAGUUCUGCUGAGGAACAAAGAGUGGGACGCUGUGUUGGAGCACUCGCUGAUGGCGUGGCGUUACACCAGCGAGCUACCGCAGUGGGAUACUGCAAGCCACAACGGCCUCCGAGAGCAGUGUUACAGCAUCCUGGCGGCUCACAGCCUCAGUGCACUCCAGCACUAUUCCCCCGAGCCCAGCAGAGGACGCGAGCUGCUCAGAAGGUUGAAGAUGGCUCAGCUGUAUAGCCAGUCAAUUGUCCCCUGCAUACAGGAGUUGCAGAGGAUUAUGGGAUGUCCCGAUGACUCGCCCAUGGAUACAAAAUGACAGGAGAACCCAGCUAAGAGUGCAGUUCAUGGAUGACCAAAAAAAAAAAAGAUUCAUGUGAACAUGGUAGUGUUUGAGUAAAAACCACUACAAUAUUCUUCCACAGGGCAUGGUGGCAAGUGCAAAAUGAACAAAUUCCACAUAAUGCAGGCUUCAAAAGAUAACACUUCCUAGGUGGCUGAAAAUGGCAUUUUAACAGCAUGUGGAAGGUGUUUUAAGAGUUGUUGCACUGUACAGUAUGCAGGGUAUUAAUGUAACAUUUUGUUCAUACAUUACCAGCCUAAAACAAAUAGGAGAAGAAACAUUUAUGUUCUGAAAAAUGUUCACUUGGUGCUGGCAGGAUUCAAAUGUUUGUAUAUUUUUAGACGUGUACAGUCUAGUUUGGAUUGAAAACUGAACUAUAAAAAAUAUGAAAUGUCCCCUCUUGCUGCUUUUGCAGGGGUGUGUGUGUGUAUAUAUGUGUUCUUGUUACUGUUUACAUUACUUGAAAGUGUGGCCUUUUGUCUUAGACUCUAGUUGUUUUGUGUGUCUUGUGUACACAGAGACUCAUCUGUCAAUGACUGCACUGUUUUUGUCCUGAAAACUUGAACAAUUUUGAUAAGACUCCU